AAUAUCGCUUGAGGAUGAAAUGGUGAAUUUGCGAAUCGUUAGCAAGCAAAUGCUACGAUCGUCCAAAAAGUGCGAGAAGAACGAAAAGGCAGCGUUGCAGAAAUUGAAGAAGGUAAGUCGAAGCCAUUCUGAUAUUGCAAUCCAUUAUGCAGUAUUUCUUCGUUAAUUCUAGUCUAAUGCGAACAGCACACUGUACAAUAGGCUAUUCAGCAAGGAAAUCACGAGGGAGCUCGUAUCUAUGGUCAAGAUGCAAUUCGAGAGAAAAAUCAGGCCCUAAACCAUUUGCGGAUGGCCAGUCGAAUCGACGCCUGUUCGUCCCGCAUCGAAACUGCCGUGCGUAUGGGACAGGUGACAGACGGGAUGAAAGGAGUUGUCAAAGGAAUGGACAAGGGGCUUGCCAGUAUGGAUAUUGAAAAGAUAUCAUCUUUGAUGGAUAAAUUUGAACAACAGUUCGAAGAUUUGGAUGUCAAGACUCAAUAUAUGGAGGGUACAAUGAAUGCCACUACAGCAACUUCGACCCCUGCAGAACAGGUGGACACGUUAAUAGAGCAGGUUGCGGAUGCUAACAAUUUAGAGCUAGGUGAAGCGUUUUCGCAGGCUGGUCCUGUAGGUAAAAAGACACCUACGGUGAAGGAGUCAACCGUGGCAAAACCAGUGGCUGAUGACCUAGAAGCACGCCUGGCAAAUCUCCGAAACUGAGAGYGUUCAUUCGGAUACGAAUGAGAGGUGGUGUAUCGGCGUCGGCGAAAUGAUGCCAAUGUAUCUCGAUUCUGUUACGUCCUCRGGAUCUUCUUUCCGGACGAAAUUCGAUGAUGAUCAACCAUUGGAAAUUUUGAAAUAUUCUACGAAGAAUUAUGAUGUUCUCUCUCUCUUUCUAUCUAUCCAUCUACCGKAUCCAUCUAUCCAUCCAUCAUUCUUAGGUACGGGUGCCGCCCGUACGAUAUGAAACAAGAUUUUUAGAUUAGAAUACGAUUUCAUCAACUGAACAAAGUACUUCACACCAU